GGCCACAGAAAGGAGGGUCGGGGGAGGCAGGGGGAUUAGAAGAGAAUUUCUCUUUCCUUUUACAAAAUAUUUAGAGAGUCCUUAUGUUUUUAUUUAGCAGCAGGAAUCUAGGGUAGAAACAGACUCUCAGCAGUAGCCAGUUGAGGGUUGAAUUUUUUUUUUUUUUUAAGUAAAAUUCUGGAUGAUAGAAGCAUCUAGGUUCCUUUCUUUCUUUCUCUUUCUCUCUCUCUCUCUCUUUCUUUCUUUCUUUCUUUCUUUCUUUCUUUCUUUCUUUCUUUCUUUCUUUCUUUCUUUCUUUCUUUUGUAGAGAAGGCAGUGAGGGGAAGAGAUUAAAACACACUUUUUGGAGGAGGGCUCAGCUCUCAUGGCCAAAAUACGAAAGAUCAGCUCCAUGUGCGUGACUUAACUGUCCAGGAAACGAGAAUCGCAAGAGACUCCAAACCUGAAGUUGUGCUUAUAGCUUCAGCUCAAGUAAGAAAAAUGAGCCCCCUUCCUAAUUGAAAGCAAAUGUGCAAUAUAUUGGAUGCUGGGAUCCUUGGCUUGGGCCCAGGAAUCCUCAGAAUGUGAGGUUUCUCUCAAAGGCAUCUUGCAUCAGCCUGUGGAUGUAUGCCUACCCCGGGGCUCCUUCACCGGCAAAGUGGAAAAAGACGUGGUUCAGGAGAAAUUCUUCUUUUGCGUUGGGGGAACGUACUGGAUUAUAACCGUUUUCUUCCUUUCAAAACUGGGCGUCCCUGGACUGGAAGGAAAGCUACAAGUGGCCUGGCAUUUGAUGCUCUAGAACAUUCUGAGGCUCGUUGCUUCACUUCUAAAGAAACUGAAAUAAUUGAGGAGGAGCAGGGGCCCUCUGUUUUGGAGGAUUCCGUUCUACAGAGAAUGUUCUGCGCUCAUUGAUACUCCAGAUCCAACUCCAUCUUCUGAAAUGAUCCUGAUUCCCAGAAUGCCUCUGGUGCUGCUGCUGCUCCUGCUCAUCCUGGGUUCUGCAAAAGCUCAGGUUAAUCCAGCCAUAUGUCGCUAUCCUCUGGGCAUGUCAGGAGGCCACAUUCCAGAUGAGGACAUCACAGCUUCAAGUCAGUGGUCAGAAUCCACAGCUGCCAAAUAUGGGAGGCUGGACUCUGAAGAAGGGGAUGGAGCUUGGUGCCCUGAGAUUCCAGUGCAACCCGAUGACCUGAAGGAAUUUCUGCAGAUUGAUUUACGAACCCUACACUUUAUCACUCUUGUGGGGACCCAGGGACGCCAUGCAGGGGGUCAUGGCAUUGAAUUUGCACCCAUGUACAAGAUCAACUACAGUCGGGAUGGCAACCGCUGGAUCUCCUGGCGUAACCGACAUGGGAAACAGGUGCUUGAUGGGAACAGUAACCCUUAUGAUGUUUUCCUGAAGGAUUUGGAGCCACCCAUUGUAGCUAGAUUUGUUCGCCUUAUCCCAGUCACUGACCACUCCAUGAACGUGUGCAUGAGGGUCGAGCUUUAUGGUUGUGUCUGGCUAGAUGGCUUGGUAUCUUACAAUGCACCCGCUGGGCAGCAGUUUGUACUCCCUGGAGGCUCCAUCAUUUAUCUGAAUGAUUCUGUCUAUGAUGGAGCUGUUGGGUACAGUAUGACUGAAGGGCUAGGCCAGUUGACUGAUGGGGUAUCUGGCCUGGAUGAUUUUACCCAGACCCAUGAAUACCAUGUGUGGCCCGGCUAUGACUACGUGGGAUGGCGGAAUGAGAGUGCUACCAAUGGUUUCAUAGAGAUCAUGUUUGAAUUUGACCGAGUCAGGAAUUUUACCACCAUGAAGGUCCACUGCAAUAACAUGUUCGCUAAAGGUGUGAAGAUCUUUAAGGAGGUCCAAUGUUACUUCCGCUCUGAAACCAGCGAAUGGGAACCUACUGCUGUCUACUUUCCCCUUGUCCUGGAUGAUGUGAACCCCAGUGCUCGGUUUGUCACGGUGCCCCUCCACCAUCGAAUGGCUAGUGCCAUCAAAUGCCAAUACCAUUUUGCCGACACAUGGAUGAUGUUCAGCGAGAUCACUUUUCAAUCAGAUGCUGCAAUGUAUAAUAACUCUGGAGCACUCCCCACCUCUCCUAUGGCACCCACAACCUUUGAUCCCAUGCUUAAAGUCGAUGACAGCAACACUCGGAUCCUGAUUGGCUGCUUGGUGGCCAUCAUCUUCAUCCUGCUGGCUGUCAUCGUCAUCAUCCUGUGGAGGCAAUUCUGGCAGAAGAUGCUAGAGAAGGCUUCACGGAGGAUGCUGGAUGAUGAAAUGACAGUUAGCCUUUCCCUGCCCAGCGAGUCCAGCAUGUUCAAUAACAACCACUCCUCAUCACCAAGUGAACAGGAGUCCAACUCUACUUAUGAUCGAAUCUUUCCCCUUCGCCCUGACUACCAGGAGCCAUCCAGACUGAUCCGAAAGCUCCCAGAAUUUGCUCCAGGAGAGGAAGAGUCUGGUUGCAGUGGUGUUGUGAAGCCGGCCCAGCCCAAUGGACCUGAGGGCGUGCCCCACUAUGCAGAAGCCGAUAUAGUGAAUCUCCAGGGAGUAACAGGUGGCAACACCUACUCUGUGCCUGCCGUCACCAUGGACCUGCUCUCGGGAAAAGAUGUGGCUGUGGAAGAGUUCCCCAGGAAACUGUUAGCCUUCAAAGAGAAGCUGGGAGAAGGCCAGUUUGGGGAGGUUCAUCUCUGUGAAGUGGAGGGAAUGGAAAAAUUCAAAGACAAAGAUUUCGCACUAGACGUCAGUGCUAACCAGCCUGUCCUGGUGGCCGUGAAAAUGCUUCGAGCAGAUGCCAACAAGAAUGCCAGGAAUGAUUUUCUUAAGGAGAUAAAGAUUAUGUCUCGGCUCAAGGACGCAAACAUCAUCCGUCUCUUAGCUGUGUGCAUCACUGAGGACCCGCUCUGCAUGAUCACGGAAUACAUGGAAAACGGAGACCUCAAUCAGUUUCUUUCUCGCCACGAGCCUCUAAGUUCUGGUUCUAGCAAUGCCACAGUCAGUUACGCCAACCUCAAGUUUAUGGCUACCCAGAUUGCCUCUGGGAUGAAGUACCUUUCAUCUCUCAACUUUGUCCACCGAGAUCUGGCCACACGCAACUGCUUAGUGGGCAAGAACUACACCAUCAAGAUAGCUGACUUUGGAAUGAGCAGAAACCUGUACAGUGGUGACUACUACCGGAUCCAGGGCCGGGCAGUGCUCCCCAUCCGCUGGAUGUCCUGGGAAAGCAUCUUGCUGGGCAAAUUCACCACGGCAAGUGAUGUGUGGGCCUUUGGGGUGACUCUGUGGGAGACUUUCACCUUUUGCCAGGAGCAGCCCUAUUCCCAGCUGUCGGACGAGCAGGUUAUUGAGAAUACUGGAGAGUUCUUCCGAGACCAGGGGAGGCAGAUCUAUCUCCCUCAACCAGCCGUUUGCCCCGACUCUGUGUAUAAGCUGAUGCUCAGUUGCUGGAGAAGAGAAACCAAGCACCGACCAUCCUUCCAAGAAAUACACCUUCUGCUUCUUCAACAAGGAGCUGAGUGAUGCCAUCGGUACCUGGCAGUGUUCCUGUGGCCCAGAUCCUCCCCACAAGACCUACCGCUCACCCACAUCUAAGCCACUCCAGCUGGACAGUCAAUGGACCCGAGAGACAGAGAAUUAGUCACUCUGCCCUCUCUGUUCCUCACCUCCUCCACUGCACUUCCCUGUUCCCUACCAUUGACUCAUAUAUACUUUUUUUUACAUGAAAUAACUAAAAAAGAAAAAAUAUAGAGCAGAUAUUAGUAAAAGAAGUGUUACUUGAUAUACCGAAGGGUUAGAUAAUGAAGACUAGAAACUCAAGAUAAUUUAUAAAAGUUAUGCUUAUGUUUAUAAGUGUGCAGAUCCUACAAUAUUUUUCCAUGUCACUUUCUGUAAAAAUACCUUUAGAAAGAAAAAAACUUGAAGAAUAUGAAUGUCUUGGGAACCAUGAGAUUAGGCUUAAGGAAAAUACUUAGUAGUCAUGAAGAAUUGCAGGACUUGGCAUUCCACAACUAAUGGGUGAUUUUCUGAUUUGGACAUGACUCUCAGAUUUCUCUGUCUCUGUCUGUCUAUUUGUCUAUCCAUCUGUCUGUCUAUCUAUCUAUCUAUCUAUCUAUCUAUCUAUCUAUCUAUCUAUUUCCUCAAAGUGAGUGCCAUGUACUUAAAAAUCUCUACCUUGUUUCUUGGAAUGAAAGUUUUCUUCAAUCAUGGCCAGAGGUCGUGGCCUACCUAUGAAACAGGGCAUAUGGGUAGAAAGAAAUGUCUGUUGUAAAGCUGGAAGGACAGAAGGACACAGAAGGGAAAGAUUGCACAAGAUUCCCAGUAGACUGUGGUUAUAGGAAAGGAGGUCCUUGGAGGAUGACUAACAAGUGUACUAUUUGUUGGUAACAUGUGAAGGUCUUCAUCUGUGUGUUUUAGUGACAACUUGACUUUAAUCAGUAAAGCCUAGCAUUUUGAUUUUAAUGGUUGCUUCUUUGGUUCCUCUUGUCCAAUUCUAUUUCUUUCAAUACGCGAUGCCUUUGUGGGACUCUUUAGGCUAGGUUUUCAACUUCUCAAACAUAAGUAUCCAAAGUCAUGUCCAACAUACAAGAGACAUGUUUGGAGUGUUCUCAAAAGUUUAGCCAAGACCCAUGAAAGAAGUUGUAGGAAGACUGAUUUCCACUCUUUACUUGGGAAAUUAUAGAAAUAGAACAUACACAGGUGAAUGGGCUUCCCCAGAGAUGGGGAGUCUCUCAUCUCUGAGAAGUUUCUGAUACUAGCUGAAGAAGUAUGCAAGGAAGAGGUUCUUGACUACUGGCUACAUAUGGGAUAAUAAAAGGAUGACCAUUCGGUGUUACUGACAGUGGUUUUGCCAAAGAGAGGUUGGCCAGUGGCAAAGCAUGAAGCUCUGGCUUCAGGAUUCAUGAGAACUGAUGCACAAUCAAGCAGGAGUCAUCUUAGAGCAGAUCCUAAGUUUUCAUCCUCCACAGACUCUAAGAUUCAGCAGAAAUCUAGAUUACAAACCCCUUAAAUCCUAAAGAGGGAAACCAAAAAAAAGAUUAUCAAAUAAGCUUCCCAAGUCAAGGUAUAAUAAUGGUGGCUUGCUUAUGUUUAUCCUUUCAGCUUGCUCCACGGUCUCUUAGAAACCCGAGUGCUUCUUGGUUCAGCAUGGCUACAGGACACAGCAUAGGUAUAACCCUAAGUCUUAAUUCGUGGAUCCCAUUCACUCAUAGCAAAUUUAUCUCUCCUUUUCUACCAUUCUCAGCUUUUGUCUUUCCCGAGGCUAACUUUGAUCAGAGAGGUAAGAGAGAGCAUUGGGUUGGGAACUCUGGCCCUCUUUCUGCCACAAGCCAAGUAUGCCAUCUUCCCAAGUCUUGCUGUCUCUCUGAAUUUGUUUCCUUAACUGUCUCACAAGAAAAAUGGACUUAGGUGAUCUAGUAAUCUCUUGGAGUUCUGCUAUGGUUUGUGCUUGCUGGAGAACAGACUUGUGCUUGAUGUAGGUUCAGUUUCUGCACAGAGAAUUGUGGCUGGUGAUAGUAAUCCUCAGAGACAUCAUUUAAGUAACACCACCGCCUGCCUUAUAUCUGCUUUAGAGUGAACAGGUACGCCUUCAUGUUAUCUCAUUUGAUAGUUCUAUGGUCAGACAUGCUUCUUUCACAACUCUUGUCUAUAUUCUCUUCAAGAUCCUGCCCCCAGUUCACUGUAUCCCUUUAAAAAUGAAAUUUCCAGGUCUUUGCUUUAUGGAACUAAUCUAUUCCAGAUGGCUAUCAAAUAUGUAUCAUCAUGUACAGGCACUUUUUUUUUUUUUUUGGUAUGAAGAAGGCUCCACCUUCUGGCACUGAAACCUUUGUAUUAUAGACACAGUUUUAGUUUCUAUUUACAGUAGUAGACUUUAGCAGUACAGGUCUGAGUGACGACCAUGGUAGAUGAUACGGGCUUACUCAAAAGACUUACAAGUAGUUCAAAUCUAAAUCUAAAGAAAGCAGAAACGGAUGAGAAACUGUGGGUUAUUGUUAUUUCCCCAAGUUAUUUGUGAUCACAAUACAUGUGGAUCAUUUGUGUCAAGAUGUCCUUUUUAGACGGUCAUAUUUCAGUUCAUAGCUUUGUUGAUGAAUGCAUACAUACAAUAGCCAGGUCCAUUUAUUUUUCAGUGUUAGGGAAUCAUACCCAGAGCUCACAUUUGCUAGGCAUGGAUCGAUAUCUCUCUCUACAUUAUAGAUCUAUAGCCUAGUAUCUAUGUUCAAAUCUUGAUCUGUUGACCAGGCAAAUAUGUAACUAUGUCACGUAUGUGACCUGGAAUGGAAACGAGGGUCCUGAGGACAGCAUGCCUUGUUGGGGCUGUGGAAAGAUUGUCUGUGAAUGCUCAAAAUUGUAUAACAAAAGAGGGCUGUACACAAGUCUGUGGGUAGUGUUUUUUAAAAGUGGUUACACGGAUGUGUGUAUGUGCGGCUGGAUGGAGAGGAUGGGGGGAAAAUGAAAAGGAAGGUGCCAUAUAGAGAGGCAAGGAGAGGUUAUGGGGAAGACACAGGGUGAGGCAAGUCAGACGUGGUUGAGACAGGGCUGGCUGGAGGCUAUGAAGUCAAUGCUGAUACCUGAAAAGAGAUCUGAGCGAGGCUAGAAUAAGUGACUUGGAAAGAAUGGAGGGUAAGGAAGUAAAGGAGAAAUGCUGGGUGAGGGGGCCUGAAUCUAUUAAACCGAUAGUGGGUACAUGAUAGGCAAUGCAAGGGAUUUUUGCAGAGUUGAGGGAGCACAUGGUCUUCACGGAUAUAGAAACAUGUAGCCACCCGAGCCAUCAGGGAGUGACCUCCUCGUCUUGGAGAAGUGGGUACAGAAAGCAGUUUGCUCUCCUGUGAGUUCUAGACCACAUCUAGGGCCGGUGACAGUGCUGUCUGUGCACGGGACUUGGUGUUCCAUGUGCUGUUUGGGCAUGAAGUACUGAAUCCACUUUCAGAAAUGCUCAGCAUAGCUUGGUCUAAAAUGGCCACAGCGAACAUGGGAACGGUAGGUGUAAGUUAGACAACACUAACUUUUGUCGGAUCUUUGAUCGAGCUGUGUGUCAUAUUGGAAACAAGUUCAUCAAUCUGCCACCCCGGCAUCCCACGAGAAAAGCGUGAUGUGGUCCUAGGCCAUAUGUUUUAAGUAAAGAGGAGAUGGGGGGCGUGUCAGGAUGAAGGAAAUGUGGGAAGAUGUUCUAAAGACAUGUACUAGAAAACUGAACAGUGUCAGGUUUCAUCCAGGACAAAAAGAAAAGAAUUGCAACCCACUGGUUUUUGCAACUUUGAUGCUAAGUUGAAUUCUUGGGCCUGCGCUUGCAGUAUAGUCUUUUUGUUUUGUUUUGUUUUGAAGCCUAUGCCCUUGGGCACUAUGUGAGGUAAGCACCUAAUGUUUUUGCAAGAUGCACAUUCUGGUGUACUCUGGGAAAUCCUUUUUGAAGUUUCCUAUUCUGGCAACGGAUGAAUGUCAUUGGUGCUUGGUGAAUUAACUGGGAUCCUGAGUUAAGAAGAAAGGAAACCGGAUAGUUACUCAGGACUUGAGUAGGCUGGCAGGAAAAGACUAGGGAAGGACCAUUUAGUUGUCCCAAGUUUUUCAGAAAUUUUUUAAUUUGCAAUUAUCUGAGACUUGAAAUAAGUUACAAAAGAAUCAGUGCAGAAUAGCCUUAGCCUGAAUCUAGUCCGCCCCCCAACCACUGAAAAUAUUUUAGUCUAUUUUCCUCCACUGAAACCAUGGUCUGUUUUGACCCAUUUUCAAAACUGAACUCUAGGCCUGACUUGGCUUGUGCCAGUUUUCCUACCUUGUACCCAUUUGCUCACUGGCUAUUAUGACCCUUUCUUGGUUUGUAACCUGGCUUUGGUGGCAUACAGGAUAAAGAGUCUGUCUAGGUAUUACUCUACACCUGAGAGAGAACAUCAAACUGAUACAAAUGAGAGAGAACAUCAAACGGACAAGCUCUUUUAUCAGUGAACAAUACUCCACCUUUUUGCUGAAUCCACUUUCAAAUAAAGUUCUUCCUUGCUGGACCCAGAAUGGCCACAGCAUCACAAAGGAGUCACGUGCAGUGUUUAGCUCUCUGUUUGGUAUCCCAAACACUCCAAGAACAACUUAAGAAGAGUAACAUUAUAAAGGGCUUUUAAGUGGAAAGGGAUUCCAAACAGAAGAACAGGACACCUGUUGGUGAGAGGGGUCUAGGAGAAAGCAGUACUUUGGUCAAGAAUUAAAUGGGAUGGAAUGGAAGCACUUAAUGGGGCUGGAAUAAGACACAUACGACACAAAUAUAAACCCCUAAUGUGAGGUUAAAUGCUGUCUUCCGAGUACCAGAGAAACUUCGUUUGCUUAACUGUUUGUCCUUGCUUAGCUGUUAAACUAAAUGCAAGCACAACAGUUUCCUGGGGAACAUUUGAAACUGUAAUCUCCUAGACCUUGGGUUUUCUGUUAGACACUUUUACCCUGACUUUCUUAAGGACUACAGGAAAAUAGCCCUUAAGUCUGUGGCUUAUGAAGUUCCUAGCUCACAAGUGAAUAUUUUGUGAAUUUUAUGUUUUUAAUGAAUAAAGUAUGGAGAAAGUAUGUAUCACUUGUGUUAAUUUGGGGGAGAAGUGCUUUAUAACAUAGAGGGCUUAUUCUCAAUUAAAAAGAGAAAGAAAAAAGUGCCCUCAGGCAGUGUAUACCCUUGUAGUCUUUGUAAGGGAGAGAGAGAGAGAGAGAGAGAGAGAGAGAGAGAGAGAGAGAGAGAGAGAGAGAGAGAGAAGACGACUCUGGCUCCAAACUCAGCCCUCUGAAGAAAGCUAUUUAGUUUCUCCUACAGACACCUUGCCAGUAACCUUACAGGUCUUACAGGAGGGCAGACCUAAGUUCCGAGGCUGAUCUGCAACCACAGCUGUCCAUCAAGAAAACAUUCCUUUCAGUGCAAAAUGGUUCUUUGCUGUUUCUGGAUUCCCUUCUUCUUGCCCCAUGUCCUGUUCCUGAGGAGCUACUUCCUGUAGUAAUACGGUGGACUCUUCUAUGAGGAGACAACCUCUGGGUGUUUUUCAAUAGCCUGUGGUGGGUAAUGUGUUUUGUCAAGGGCUAAAUAGCAGAUGGAUUUAAUUUCUGCUUAAAACGGUCACAGUCAUUCUGAAACGGACACAUAAAAAUCCUCUGUAUUAGAAAACGGAAUGGAGCGCGGUGCCAAUUGUAUUUUUCUUUAUUUAUUCCCUGUAAGUCUGUCAGAUGAUAAAUUGUAAAUACCAGUGAUUAAAGAGUCAUGCUACUGA